AUGGCAGACAAGACGGAGCUCGAUUCGAGCCUGCUGGAUCUCCCGCUGCAGCAACUUACCAAAACAACAAUAGCCAGCGAAUACUGGGUCUUGCAGCACCAAAACCAGCGCCUCAACAGCGUGGACUUUGACCUGCAGUCUUUUUGGACAUACUACAACAAAGAAUGCACCAGGGCUCUCCACAAUGGAGGGCGAUACGUGGCUCUGCGAUCGCACCGUGAUGUGGUCGACUGCAUUCGCAAACUCAAGCGCGGGAUGCUGCGCCAUGACAUCAAGGAGGAGCUGCGAGAGAAACUCACAGCACUUCACGAUAACGAAGACGAGAUGCUCGACAACUCGAUUGAUUUGGCUGCCAGUCUGCUUUUGAUGAUAAGCUUCUGCAGUUUCACGUACGGCUUCUCUGGCCGAAGCCAUCUUCGUUGGAGUCAUGGGUCCCUCGAGAGCUUUGUUUCAACCUACUUUGAUCCAGGAGCUCCCCAGCUGGCCAAGGAGAAUGCCAAGAUGGAGAAGAUAUUCACUGCGCGCAACCUGUGCCGUAUCGCAGGGCUGGAUAUCGUUUGGACCGAUAACUUGGUGGAUCAUCUCCGACUGACAGAUGACGAUCGCCGUGUGCACGUCUUCCAUCAUGCUUCGUUCCUACAUGUCCAACAACAAAGUGCCGACUCCCUACUGCCCAAAGGUCUCGCAGAUGAGACACUGCAGACAUUAGCACUCCUCUUCCCAUCCUCAGACGUGGAAACACGGAAGUGGUUCUCCAAGUUAGACGCCGACAUUGACAGACGAGCCAUCCAGUGUGGACAACUAAAGACGGACCAUCGGCAAACUGAAAAGUUUAGAUUCUGGAAUGAUCGUCUUGUCGUGUUGAAGCAGGUCUUUGACGAAGCACAGCCGAAAUCGUUAUCCCAAUGGUGGCAUGAUAGGCGGAACGGCGUCCAAUGGUACACAUUCUGGGUAGCCGUCCUCGUUCUUGUGUUGACGAUAUUCUUUGGCUUGGUGCAGAGUAUUGAAGGUGCUUUACAAGUGUAUGCCUCCUUCAAAGGUCUCGAUGGGUCAACAUGA